AUUAAACAUCAUGCAGCGAGCAUCAUUGAGAAUGAUAGCGAUGAAUCAUCGGAGUUUGCACUUGCAACCACGCCGAUCGUCUACUACGGCGACGCGAUUGUCAAUAUCGGUGAGCCGUUUUCGAUAACGUGCGUCAUACCGAUAACUGAGCGGAUACACUGGCUAAAGAAUGGGGAGUCAAUAACGCGCCACAAUUUGCGGCACGGUCACGACGAGCACUCCUAUACACUGUCGGAGAGCGCCAUCGAAGGCGAGAAGCACAAGAUCGAGGCACAUCUGAAGGUGCGGCACGCCCUAAAGGUGCACGAGGGUCGUUAUCAGUGCAACAACAACAAAAAUCAUCGUCGCGACAGCGGCUUUCACAUGCUGCACGUGCACAACAAGCAGCAGCAAUCGGAGACGCCCACAGAGAGCGGCUAUCGAACUAUCGAUGAGCUGACGCCCAGCUCGGCCGAUGAGAUAUUUACGCGGACGUGGCAGGAGCAACAGCAGCCGCAACGGGGCUCGGAGUCGCCGUCCCUAUCCUCCGCCAAGCAGCACAAUCAGCAACAAGGCAAUGCCACAAGUCACAGCUUUGGCUUUGGCUAUGGCAGCUACGAGUCGCAGCAGCCGGCGACAACGCGUAGAUACAACGAAUUGAGCACGUGGCAUGCCACAACAACAGGUGACGGCGGCCAGGCGGGUGUCAAUGGCAUUCAUCGCAUUUAUUCAGCCACGCCGCCAGAUUUUCCACCACCCCGCCUGAGUCUGCUGGAGCAUACGGUGGCGCCACCCGAGCCGCCCACCAUACAGCUGUACAAUCAAACGAUGCCGAUUUAUCGAACGCCUAUCGACACUGCCACAGCGCAUCAUCGAGCGCAGCAUCAUCAGCAACAGCAACUAAACAAUUUUCAACUGCCGCUGCCGCCGCAGCCAAUGCAACCUACGCAGCAUCAUAAUGAGAAAUAUCAAACAUAUUCACCGCAAUUUGUGCCGCCUGCAGUGGGUGGCGGCGGUGUUGGUGUUGGUGUUACCGUUGCAACAGCGCCCACAGCGCAGACAGCGCUAACAACCAGCUACAGCAACAACAUCGGUUUAAUGCAGCAGCCAAAGACGUUCUUGCCUAUUAAAAAGGGUGAGCCACAUACACUCACACGCAUUCACACUCACAGCUCAUCGAAAAAAUACGCAUACAAACAUACUGACACCCCAUGA